AUGAUUCCGACAUUCACAAAAGCAAACACGAAAGGCCUCGAGAAGAUUUACCAGCUGGAUAUUUACCUCCUGUAUUUCCUGAGAGACAACCCUAAAGCAAAUAAAUUCCUACAGAAGCAACUCUCUUCUAUUGGCUGCACGGUGGAGUUGGAUUUUGACGAAGAGGAGGCAAUGGUUAGGGGGGACAUUGAGAAGGGCCCUGGAGGAGCCUUCGGUGCGGCAGAGAAGUGGGAGACACAGGUGGACCGGGUCUUCAUCGGUCUCACAGAGACCUACCUCUGCUAUCAUGUGAUUGAGGCAAAAAUGGCCAAAAUCCUUCUGCAGGACCUCUCCUUUGUAAAAGACGACAUCAUGGUGUACAGAGAAAGCGGUUAUGUUGUGGUUGUGGGAGGGGUUCAGGCUGUGAAUGACAGGAUUGCAAUCCUGGAAAAGAGCCUGCCUACCCGGAAGGAAAUACCCGUUGUGGAGAAGCAGUUCAAACUGAUAGAAGAAGAGUUUAGUCGAGGAAUGCUUGCACAUCACCAAGAAGUUAAAAUCCUCAUAGGUCCCGCUACGGUCACCUUGGAGGGCCCUGACAAGGAGGUACAGUCAGGAGCUACGAAACUUGAUGAGCUAAUCAAAAAGGUAAAAGAAAGAAGAGUAAAGCUCUCCACAGCUUUAAUGAACUUCAUAACAUCCAGUGAUGUCAUCUCCAAGUACCAGGCUCGCUUCCAGCAGAGCCUCAGAAAUCCUGUUUCCCUUGAAGUGAGGUCCGACCUGGUCCUGUCCAGUUUGUCCUCUGAUGCCCUGGAUGAGGCCGAGGCGGCAUUGCAGAGGGACCUUAGUGUGGACAGUGUGCUGCUGCAGGGAGCUGCCACCGUACCUCCAGACCUAGACAUUGUGAAGGAAAUCCUCAACAAGGCCAAGAACUCGCGAGAGUUCAGGGUGGAUGUCAGCUUCAUCCCAGGAACCAGUGGAACCGCGACCACCAAAGUGCGACUGGUGGGCUACAGUGAACAAGUGAACAAGCUCAAAGAGGUUCUGCAUGACUACCAGAUGAACCAAGUCGGGACACAAGAAACGAUGAGCCUACCACAUCCUGAACUGCUUGACUGUUUUGAUACAUUUUUAAACAUGAUUGGGAUGAAGCAGACCAAGGUGACCUUAAAAACCUCGCCAUUCCCACACCCUUGUGUGCUUGUGUCUGGUCCCCGUUGUCGAGUCCAGGAGACCCAGCAGGCCCUAAACUCAGCUCUAGCCAGUCUGAUGUCAGACACGCUGGUUCUAGAUGGACCGGGGGCUCAACGGUACUUCCAAGCAGAGGGUAAGGUGGGCAAGGAGCUGGUAGAGAGCUCCUGUCAGGUUCUUAUCAGGGAACAGCAAAGUGUGCGCUCUCCAAAUGUGGAAACUAAACCACGAAGCAACAGCAGCCCUGGCACCAGCAGCUUCGCCAGCAGCUUCAUGACCUUAGCACCCAAAGCUAUGCCCAGAUUGCGCAGCAGCACUGUUGGGAGUACUGCAGUUAACAAGACAAGUCUGAAGAUCAGGCUGGGCAGUUUGGAGGAUGAGCAGGUGGAUGUGUUAGUGGUCCCCAUGCUCAACAGCCAGCUAACUUCUACUAAAAUUGGUAAAAGCCUGUUGAGUAAAGCCGGGAAUGCGCUCAAGUCAAAGUUUGCCUCGGUGGCAGCGAAUGGUUCCCUCAGCCCCGGUGACGUUCUGCAGGUUGCCGCGCCUCCGUCUCUGGGCUGCUCCAUGCUCUUCUUCAUUGAGUGCUCGCCGUGGGACGGAGUCAGAGGGCGGAGUGUGCAGGUGCUUAGCGAUGGGCUGAAGAGGUGUUUGGACCUUUGUGUACAGCAGGGCUUGUGCUCAGUGGCCUUCCCGGUUAUCGGACCUGGAAUUGUUUUGAAAUACCCGCUGAGAGAAGCCAUUCAAGUGCUGACUGACAACAUUCGUCAGUUUGGAUUAACUGCAACCUCCGGGUCUCUCUCUAGCAUCCACAUUGUCAUUAAACCAGACUAUCCCGACACUGAGGAGUGCUACCAUGAGGUCUACAGUCACCUCAGCUUAAAUAUGAACCAGGGAGGUCAAGCGAUCUUCAUGUCCCUCACCAGUGACCUCGAUGACAUCACAAUGACAGUGGGAGGCGGGGUAAAACUGCAAGUAGUGUUUGGUGACAUCACUGAUGAGACUACAGAUGCUGUGGUGAACACGACCGACUUCAUUCAUUUUUGGAACGAUGGUGUGUGCAAAGACAUCCUUACCGUAGCUGGACCAGAGGUGGAGGCUGAACUCAGAGCAGCAAAAGCGAAACGAGGAGAUGUGUUUGUAUCCCACUCUGGAUCGUUCCCCUGUACGGCAAUUUUUCAUGUCUGUGGUGAAAAGGAUGCAGACCUCAUUGAACAACUGGUGUGUCGCAUCGUUGAACAUUGUGAAACGUUUUGGUUCAAGUCUGUCGCCAUUCCUGCCAUCUGUGCUGGAGUUGGUGGGUUGGACCCUGGUGUUGUGGCAGGUGUCAUCCUCCGAGGGGUCAAGAAGGCUACUUCAUCCACUCUUUAUGGUCUCACUGACAUCCGCAUCGUCCUGAUUAAAAUAGGGGUCUUCUUGGCCUUUAAAGAGGAAGCAAUGCAAAUAUUUUCCACUGCUGUAAUCAACCGAGCGCCGGUACCUCAGUUGCCUCUUGCACUACAACAACGACUGCCCCCUUUGUUUGAGAGCGCAGAUCUAAGCAUCAUCGGUACCAGCUCUGCAAGUCAGCAGUCCGUCUUCCUGUUCCUGGGUCUCUCCAGAGAGGAUGUUGCCGACGCCAUGACAAAGCUGAAGGAUCUGUACCACGCUCAGUGCUCCACUCAAACCUUUAAGAAGGAGGACCUGGCAUGCCUCACCCAGGACGACCUAAAUGAUCUGAAGCAGCUGGUGGAGACCCAGGGUCUGUACAUGGAGAAGGACCACUCCGGUCCGGGCACCAUGAAGGUGAGCGGGUUAAAAGACGGGGUCAACAUGGUGAGGCAGAUGAUCAACAACUCCCUGCACGGCUCCCUCGUGAGAGAGGUGAGGCUCAGGCAGGAGGAAGAUCUGUUCGCCCGUGUGGCUUGGUGCAUCCUGGGACACGGCGGUAACUGGGAGAGACUACCCAGAACAGCCAAUCACAGCCUGGAAAAUAAUGACGUAGCAGGAGGGAUAGUGGACGCUCAGAGCAUCCAGUGGUCCGUGAAUCCACAGAGGACAAUAGCCACAUGUAGAGGACAGACGGUGCAGCUGAAGCGACUUGAGCAUCUCUCAGACUUCACUCUGCCUCUGUACUGGGACAACAUAGCUGCCAGUGAGGCUUUCAAGAAGAUUGAACUGCAGUCGUCCUCUGCAGAGUACCGAACAGUGAAGGAGCCCUUCAAACGAACUGUCCAGAAGACUGUGAUGAAGAUCGAGCGCCUGCAGAAUGUCCAUCUGCGACGCGCCUAUGAAGUGCAGAAGAAGCACAUCUCUGAUAAGAACAGACAGCAGGGUGGAGCGGGUGAGAAGCUCCUGUACCACGGGACGACUCAGGACAACUGUGACUCCAUCAUGAAAACUGGGUUCAACAGGCGCUUCUCUGGGCAGAACGCAACUUCAUACGGUAACGGGACCUACUUUGCCGUGAACGCCAGCUACUCCGCCAACACUACCUACUCCAAGCCGGCUGCUGACGGUUCCCAGUUGAUGUUUGUGGCGCGAGUGCUGACCGGCAUCUACACUCAGGGUCAAAGCGGCAUGAGGGUUCCUCCUCCUCUCAGCGACCAGCAGUCCCACGACCGCUACGACAGCGUGGUGGACAACGUAGGCAACCCCAGCAUGUACAUAGUGUUCCAUGAUAACCAAGCGUACCCGGACUACCUCAUCACCUUCAAGUGACUACGAGGGCAAAAAUGAUGAAUUAUAUACUGUGCCAGUCAGAUAAGUGUAGCAAAAUACAGAGUUAAAAAAGAUAUGCUUUGAUUUUUCUGAUUUUUUGUGAGUAUGUUUAAUUAAAGUUAUAGUUCUGAAGAGUAUGUUUGAGAGUUCCUGAGUCCUCCAUGAAUGAGGAUGUUCUACUAUUGCACUUUUGUUUCCUAGGUUACUUAAUGUACUAUUGAUGGCUUUGGAGACUGUUUUUAUCUUGUUUUUUGGAAAUCAUUGCUAUAGUGAUAAGAUUGAUGUAAUUAAGAGUCAUUGAUGGUUGUUUUAUGUUGUAUAACUUUCAGACUUUGUUUCUCAUGAGGUAAGAUGGAAUGAUGCCCACCAGUUAUGAGCACUGACUCACAUGCAUUUGUUAAUCUUUUAUUUGGUUGAUACUUGCAUUUGUUGUUGUACAAGGAAAAUGAAUUUAUAGCUUAAUAUAUAAAAAGGUGGAAAGAGAUCAGUAAAACUGUAAUAGUUGCAUAGUGGGAGUACAUGUUGAAAAUUAAGUUGAAGCUGCAUAAAUCCAUAUUGUGUUUAUUAAAUGAAACAAAGCAUUACAUGGGUUGCUCAUGUCCCAUAUCCACAAAAAUAUCUCUCAGUGUAUUUUGGUGUAAUCCUGCCCCUAAUGGCCAAAAAUUGAAUUUAAAAAACCCCAAAAGAAAA